AUGGGUAUCACAGGCCUCUUACCGGCAUUGAAGCCUAUUCAGAACACCAAGACCCUCGCCGAACUCAGUGGCAAGACAAUCGCUGUCGACGCCUAUGUAUGGUUGCAUAAAGGCGUAUACUCAUGUGCAACAGACCUAGCACUGGGUAAGAGCACGACGCGAUAUGUUAAUUAUGCCAUGGACAGGGUUCAUAUGCUACGGCAUUUCAAGAUUGAGCCCUACAUCGUCUUCGAUGGUGGACCUCUGCCAGCAAAGAAGGGCACAGAAUCUGAGCGCAAGAAGAAACGUGAAGAGAAUCUGGCAAAGGGGAAAGCCCUCGUAGCCCAAGGGAGACAUACUCAGGCGAGGGAUUGCUUCAAUAAAUGUAUUGAUGUUACGCCGCAAAUGGCGUACCAGCUCAUCAAGAAACUACGUGCAGAAGGUGUCCAAUAUCUCGUGGCACCCUACGAGGCCGACGCCCAACUCGCCUACCUCGAACGUAUCGGAUUAGUGGAUGGAAUCCUAACGGAGGAUUCUGAUCUCUUGGUCUUUGGUUGCAAGAGCGUCUUCUUCAAAUUUGACUCCACCAACUACACUGUCGUUUCGAUUGAACGAAAGGACUUUGCAAGCGUUGUUCCCCCCAGAUCCGACAUUCACCUCGCCGGCUGGACCGACGUGCAGUUUCGAUCCAUGGCGAUCCUCAGUGGCUGCGACUAUCUCCCCAGCAUCCCAGGUAUAGGCCUCAAGACGGCGUGCAACCUUUUACGAAAGUACAAGACGGCUGAAGCAGUCGUCAAACAUCUAAUUUUCGAGGGCAAGAAGAAGGUACCACCAGGAUAUCUCGAGCAAUACCACUUUGCAGAGAAGUGCUUUCAACACCAGAAGGUAUAUUGCCCGCUGCAAGAAAAGCUGGUUCCACUCUAUCCAGUACCCGCUGACUGGACCCAAGAAUAUGAGGAUUAUUGCGGAGGGGACUUGGAUCCAGCUCUAGCCAAGAAACUGGCUAUGGGGGAUGUUGAUCCACAUACGCUCCUGCCAAUGAACGACAUCAACCCCGGUUUCCUUCCUGGUUCGAAGAAACAUGCCGCGGCCACCAAGCCCGUGAGCCAUAAGGGCAAGGGCAAGCAAGUCCAAACCACGAAAGAAGUGAAGUCUGCAUCCACCGGAGGGAUCCUCAACUUCUUUGGUGCCAACCCCAUUAUACCGCCUUCGAGCUCCAAACCAUCCAAACCAUCCCCCCUUACAGUGAAGCAACCGAGGGUGGUAUCGGCAGGACAGGCCAGCGGAAAACGUACACUCGCCGAAGUCAUGGAUAGUGACAUCUCCCGGAAGAAGCAGAAACAGCGACAAAACUCUCCCAUGAAGGCCACUGCGCAGUCGCGAUUCUUCGGGCAACAGGGCGUCAGACAAAGGAGUGUCAGUCUACCCAUGCAGCCGCACGACCUCGAUGGCGCCGCCGGCCCGUCACGCAUUCGUGAGCAAGAGAAGGAGAACAUCGUUCCUGGAGACGUCGAUGAAUAUGACGCGUCGGACCUCUCCAUGUGCGCCCAGGGCCGUCUUGAUUCGGAGGUCGACCUCGACUUUGAUCAUGAGCUGCCAGUGGCAGAAGUGGAGCAAGAGGAUGGUUACAUGUCCCCUCUGGCUCCAUUCUCCCCCUCCCGCGAUGCCCAUCAUGAUUUGUCCUCGCCAGUCCACCGGACUAGAUCCACACCUCGACGCUCUGAAUCCAGUCCGAACGGCCAGUUUUUUCGUCCCCGCUACCAACGAGACCCCGAGGAGGAAGACGACUUUGGGGAGGUUUUCUCAAGUCCAACGUCAGCGAACCGUCGAAAUCGGCUUCGCUCUUGUUCUCCUCGCUGCCUGUCUUCUCCUGUUCAUCAUCGCGAUGGUACUCCGCCGCCCAUACUGUCCAUGGACGUCCAACAACGGCAGAGCGCAUCUCUAACGAUGGAACGCGUCCUAGUGGCGGAUACGCCCGUGGCCAAGCGGCUUUUCGUGGAGACAACGACCUGCGAAGCGUCUACAUCACGCAGAGUAUCCCUGGAUCUGAGGGGCAGCUUAGGGAUACCACGUCCGGAGCAGGAUGAUGCUGAGGGUUACCUGGAAGAACCAAGUGGCUCCACGACGCCUCCCACCUCGACCCCGGAAACGCCUAUCCACGUUCCUGGAAGUCAGGAACCCUCAGUGGUCAUCGACGUGGAUGAACUCGACAUGUUCGACAUCGAGGAGCAGAUGCUGCGGGACGCCCAUGCUAGGAGGGAUGCCGUCAUGAAGGGAUGGCGCGAGAAGUGGGCACACAAAGGACCUAUCCCCAAGUCAAAGGCUACGACUGGUAGCAAGAACAUCCAAUCCUCCUCCAAAUUGAAAGGCAAGGCCAAAAUGACCAACCCUCCGGCUCUGAAGCGCAGCCAUACGAACGUAACACCAGCUGGGCGAUUUGCUCUGGGUAAAUCGAAGGGUAACUCUGCCAACUCUUCUGACCAGAAGAAACCGUCGAGCACGAGAUCUGCGAAGAGCGAGAAGAGGGUUUCAAUGGCUGCGUUGAAUUUCUUCCAACCUAAGAAGGUUGAGCAAAGGCAUACCAUUUUUGUUGGAGAUAGCGACGACGACGAGAUUGUGGUCGGUUCUUCCCCGGUAGCUCCCACCAGGACGCACCACCAGAUUCGAGAUGAAGUGCCCACCGUCAAUAAUCUCGCUCGAUUCCGGUGA